CUCCGCGCGUCCUCCCUCGCUCGCUGCGCAGCGGAAACAUGGCGGCGGGCAGGGAGUGAGCCGCUCCGCGUCGUCGCUGCGCCCGCAGAUUUCUCCAUCUUGCUAAGGAGGAAAUUCCUAUUGGGUAUAGCUGAUGGUACCAUGCAAAAAUCAGAUCCUCGAAAAGAUGGAGAAAUUAACAUACAGAGAAACUGACUUGUCAGAGGUCAGAGCAAGGUAUUGGUGGAUCCAGGGGUAAAUCCCAAACCUGUUAACUCCCUGACCAGUUUUUAGUCCAUUGACUAUGCAACCUAGCGAGAAGAACAAACAUAGCAGGUUACUGGAAAGACUGGCGACAUCAAACCAGGAGAAGAUGCAAACACUUGGAGUGGGACACUGGCCAAUGUGACUAGAGUGUAGUGGAAAAGGGAAAAGUCAUAACAGACAAGAUCACAGAAAUGGCAGUAGCCAGAUCCUGCCUAGCCUUGUAAGGCACCCUUCACUCAGGGGGAAGUUAUUUGAGGUCCUUAAGCAGUAAUAGACUGGAAUGAUGUUAGAAAACAUAAAUAUGGUCACCUAUCAGAGUCAGCAUCCCAAUAUCAAGAAGCUACUGACAUCCUGGAGCUAGGGUUGUUAAGAAGAUUACAUGAGCUAAUGGAUGUGAAAACAUCUUAAAAACUCUCAAAUACUUUUCAACUUUGGAGGAUUAUUAUUUUCAUUUGUUCAGCGACUAUCCUCAGACUUUAAGUCAAAUCUUGUGACAUUCUUUGAAGUGAAGCAUUCUAUGAAUAUGAGCUGAAGAAAUGAAUGAAAUGAAAUAAUGCAGCAUCUAGUGCUUUUUGCAUGGCCCAAAGGGGCCCUGUGCUGCUCCACUGCAGAGGAAGCUUCAAGAAAUGCUGGUUUGCUACAGUGUUUUAGCUUGUGAGAGUCUCUGGGACCUUCCCUGCUCCAUCAUGGGGUCACCUCUAGGUCAUUUUACCUGGGACAAAUACCUAAAAGAAACAUGUUCAGUCCCAGCGCCUGUCCAUUGCUUCAAGCAGUCCUACACACCUCCAAGCAACGAGUUCAAGAUCAGUAUGAAAUUGGAAGCACAGGAUCCCAGGAACACCACAUCUACCUGUAUUGCCACAGUAGUUGGACUGACAGGCGCUCGCCUCCGCCUUCGCCUUGAUGGCAGCGACAACAAGAAUGACUUCUGGCGUCUGGUUGACUCAGCUGAAAUCCAGCCUAUCGGGAAUUGUGAGAAGAAUGGGGGUAUGCUGCAGCCCCCUCUGGGAUUUCGGCUGAAUGCUUCCUCUUGGCCCAUGUUCCUUUUGAAGACGCUAAAUGGAGCAGAGAUGGCUCCCAUCAGGAUUUUCCACAAGGAACCACCAUCGCCUUCUCACAACUUCUUCAAAAUGGGAAUGAAGCUGGAAGCUGUGGACAGGAAGAACCCUCAUUUCAUUUGCCCAGCCACUAUUGGGGAGGUGCGAGGCUCAGAGGUGCUUGUCACUUUUGAUGGGUGGCGAGGGGCCUUUGACUACUGGUGCCGCUUCGACUCCCGGGACAUCUUCCCUGUGGGCUGGUGUUCCUUGACUGGAGACAACCUGCAGCCACCUGGCACUAAAGUUGUGAUUCCAAAGAAUCCCUAUCCUGCAUCUGAGGCGAACACUGAGAAGCCCAGCAUCCACAGCAACACCAAAACUGCCUUGGAGCAUCAACCAGGGCAGAGGGGGCGUAAACCAGGAAAGAAGCGGGGCCGGACACCCAAGCCCCUAAUUCCCCAUCCCAUCUCUACCCCAUCCAAGUCAGCUGAACCUUUGAAAUUCCCAAAGAAGAGGGGUCCCAAACCUGGCAGUAAGAGGAAACCUCGGACUUUGCUGAACCCACCACCCACCUCACCAACAACCAGCACCCCUGAACCGGAUACCAGCACUGUACCCCAAGAUGCUGCCACCAUCCCCAGCUCAGCCAUGCAGGCCCCCACAGUUUGUAUUUACUUGAACAAGAAUGGCAGCACAGGCCCCCACUUAGAUAAGAAGAAGGUCCAGCAGCUCCCUGACCAUUUUGGGCCAGCCCAAGCCUCCGUGGUGUUGCAGCAGGCUGUGCAGGCUUGCAUCGACUGUGCUUAUCACCAGAAAACCGUCUUCGGCUUCCUCAAACAGGGUCACGGUGGUGCAGUUAUCUCAGCCGUGUUUGACCGAGAGCAGCACACCCUCAACCUCCCAGCAGUCAACAGCAUCACCUACGUCCUCCGCUUCCUGGAGAAACUCUGCCACAACCUUCGCAGUGACAAUCUGUUUGGCAACCAGCCCUUUACACAGACUCACUUGUCACUCACCACCACAGAGUACAGCCACAGCCACGACAGGUACCUACCAGGUGAGACCUUUGCCCUGGGAAAUAGUCUGGCCCGGUCCUUGGAGCCACACUCUGACUCAAUGGACUCCACCUUGAAUCCCACCAACCUUGUCAGCACCUCCCAAAAUCUUCGAAACCCUGGGUACCGGCCUUUGCUUCCAUCCUGUGGCCUCCCACUGAGCACUGCCUCGGCUGUGCGCAGGUUCUGCUCCAGGGGGUCGGACCGCCGGGAUGCCUCUCGACAGAGUGGCCGGGACCCCUCCUCGUGGACAGUCGAGGACGUGAUGCAGUUUGUCCGGGAAGCUGAUCCUCAGCUUGGACCCCACGCUGACCUCUUUCGCAAACACGAGAUCGAUGGCAAGGCCCUUCUUCUGCUGCGCAGUGACAUGAUGAUGAAGUACAUGGGUCUGAAGCUGGGGCCUGCACUCAAGCUCUCCUACCACAUUGACCGGCUGAAGCAGGGCAAGUUCUGAACAGGGAGACGCAGCCUAGACAACCGAGGGAUCGAGCAGAGGGGCUAUUCUUCUCCCAGGCACCUCAGUGGGGUCCGAGGCUGCCUCAGGACUCCAGGAGGCUGUGUGGAGCUGCCAGCACUGCCCCUCCUGCCAUGGUAUGUCCUUCCAUGAAGGGCCGAGGCGGGCUUGGGGCCCAGGGUUGGCGCUGCUCUUCCCCUCAGCCCUGCCUCGGCUCUGAGGUCUCCUGUAUUUAUUGCUCAGGCCUGGCCGGCCUCUCCCCAGGAGUUUAGACUGAACGCCUUCCAAGUGAUGGAGGAAGGGGCUGACCCCUGAGGCCUCGGAAGACGGGGCCCUGAAGUGACACUCGUGCCCGGUCCCCUCACCACCCACUGGGCCUGGUGUGGCUCCCCAUUGCCCCACGGCUCCUGCCUUCUUCUCACGAGAUCCGCGGACUCCAAACUCAUGGUGCAGACCUCUACCUUUUUUAAGAAAAGAUCUUUUCUUAUUGUUAAUUUAUUGUUUCUGGCACUUGGGCAAGCCCUCCAGUUCAUACCCCUCUCGCUCCAGACACUGGGUUUCAGGAGGAGGGAGACUGCCCUGCCCCGGCCCCAGACAGGCCCUCUCCAGAGCGGUGUGGCCCCUUUUCAGAGGACAUUACCUAGGGUCCCUGUCCCCUUGCCUCUCUUCCUCCGCUGGGCCCUCUGCAGCCUCGGCCUCAUCUGUGGGAAUGGGAGUCCCUGCCCUGCACUGUCCCCACCGCAGCUCCCUUGCCCUGGCCAGAAUUUCUGCUGAAGAAGGUUGGACCCAAUGAUUUUAAGCCAAGAAGGCCCUAAGGUGGAUGGGAGUAAGGGGUCUCUAGGUUGGAGUCUGGUUGUACCCACUCCACUGUCCACAUGCUUCCUUUGUAAGCAAGUCAGCAGCACAGCUGCCCCCGCUGCCAUCUGGACUUAUGUCAAUUUGUUUAUAAAUAAAAAACAAUAUAGAUGCCAGUGUCUUUGUAAUCAGUCAA